CGAGUUUGCGCAGAGUCAGUGAGUGUUAUGUUCACUCCGGAGAAUGUACAUAUGACAAGCCAAGCGCCCAGACACUCACUCACCUAUGCUUUCUGGCCUACAAAUCCUGUUUAGACUGGCCCAAAGCUGGCGCGAUAUCGCAAGGGUGCAUGACGCUUGUUGAGCAUAGGAAAAAGAUCCAGAAAACAGAGGUUCCGAUUGGAGGCUUGGGGUACAUAAUCUCCACGAUUCGGCCACUCGGACCUAGUCGUGAUCAUAAUUUGUAGCUUGUAGCAAGUGCAGAAUAACUAUUAAUCCAAAAGUUUGUUGAGUCAUCUAUCAUCACUCGUCAUCAAUAAUAUCAUCGUUGUCUCUUCAGUGAUCUGGUCGAGAGGAUUGCGAGUGAACAUGGAAGAGGAGAUUUUCGACGACCUCUUGGCAAUAACGAGUGACGAAUCUCCAACCAGCCCCGAAGGCAGUAUCAACAGUCUUAAUGGUGUCCAUACCCAAGGCAGUUUGAAGUCUUCUCGCUGUUGCGAUGUGUGUGCCAUGCCUAUUGAUACCAAGCAUGCCUCCAUUCAUUAUGGGGCGCUCACGUGCUACAGUUGUCGGGCAUUCUUCCGGAGGUCGUUACAGAAGACUCGGAAUCCGAACUUCAAGUGCUUCAAGGACGGUGAUUGCGAGGUCAAUCCCAAGAGUCGACGGAAGUGUCAGAAGUGUCGCUUUGACAAGUGCCUGAAAGCGGGUAUGCGGGUGGAAAUGGUCCUCACGGACACUCAGAAGACCUUGCGAUUCAGGAAGUUCCUGGAGAGAAAGAAGCAAAAGGAUUGUUCCGUCUCGUCAAGCUCACGGGACUUGCCGUCUUCGUCCGGAGAGAACUCCUGCACUGGCGGAAGUGAAGACUUGUCCAGCUCCCAAUCCGAGGAGAUCUCUGGGUUUGCCCAAGAGCAACGAAAGAUGACAGACUCGUUCCCAGGUUUGUUAGAUAGCUUUCAGAAGUUCCAUUCUGGGGCCAGUAGCCUGAAUCCGAUGGAUUUCUCCACGUUCCUCGGAUUCAUAGCUAGUCUGUUCCAGAGCUAUGCCCUUACUUUACCCGAGUUUCAAUACUUAGACCCCGCGGAGCAGGGCAUGUUGAUUGAAAGUAACAAGCAUAGCUUCAUGGCCUAUAUCCUGGCCCGAUACUUCAUGGCCACCAGUGGGAAAGAGCAACUCAACUGGCUCUUUGGCGAUCAACAGGAGGUCUCUGAUCAGGGAACGGGGAAAACCACCUUGUACUACUACAUACCCAUGCAAAGUUAUAUAGAUCUGUACCAGGUGUUUGCUUGGGCCUCAGAGUCUUCGUUGAAGCUCUUCCUGGACCUGAGUGCAGCCUUACGGAGAUACGACCUGGAUUUUGGAGUUACAGGUCAACUAGCUCAAUGCCUUCUCUUCACUUCAGACCCAAUGGUGGAGCCCUCCCGUCCUGUUCACCGAGCGUUUGACAAAUUCAAGAACGCACUCCAGAACCUCUAUCCGGAGAGUCCCGUUCAACGGCUCCUGGAUAUCAUCCAAGACCUUGGCAUGACCUUGUUGAACCACAGCAAUAUCCUCACCAUUGAUAUCUCCACACCCAGUUCGCCCUCAUCUUCUAGUAAUGGCUCCGUCACUUGGAUGGAUGCUCAACUCCUCAGAUUCAAGGAUGCCUUCAAGGCUGUUCCAUAUGGACCUGAUCUCAUCAAUGAGAUGAUCAUGCAUUCCUAUGGCGUUCCUGUCUCUAAGAGCUUCUUACCCCAAAGUGUUGCUGUUUGGAUCGAGCGUGCUCUGAUUCUCAUCCAGACCGAGCCGCCCUCUUCUCAAGGAACCGUAGAUGCCACGGUCAGGGCGUACCAGUUUGCCGCUCUUCACCUCACGAUGCUGGAGGCUUGCUCUACGGGCCUUGAGCAGCUGACCUUCACUGCAGGGGGCGACGACCUCCAAGUCUGGGAGACCAAAUACAAGCCGUUCGUACGGGACUCGUCGUUCCUCGCCCUACCUCUCAAAGAGUGCCGAGUGGACAUCUCCAGAAUGGACUUGGAACGCAUGUGCGUGCUCCAGAGUAAAUUGGCCCGCCACGUUCCGGACAUGGAAAGUUUCAUCACGUUUGCUUUGGUGAUCUUGUUCGAAAAUACGCAAUCCCCCGACUGGGAUAUCACUGACGGUUACCUCAGUAUGUGGGUGGAUCGGGUCAAUUGCAAAACCGAGGUCACCACCCGAUCCACAUUUCAAAGUCUGAUGGGCGACGUCAAGGAUCUAGCAAGUUUUCUCCAGGCUAUUCACGGCCGUUUACAGUACACGUAGUAUUGUGACCAGCCACCCUGGGGACAAGUUGGAUCGCGCGCACUGGAGUUCAAUUCUAGUCUGCGCCAAUUUAUCCUUGACAAUAACACCAUCAAAAGCAUCAUCAGCGAAACUGCAUUAUCUCACUUGGAGUAUUAGGCCAAGCAAAACAAAAUACUCUAUCAAUGCAAUUACAUAUACAACGAAAAAAGCAUGCCUGCAACAUCGAAUGGGGAAGUUUUAAUGUCAGAUAAUAUUCAUAUGCUUAGCUAUAUAUCGAUCUUGGUCCAUAGGUUUUUAUUCACUUCUAGGCCUCGAGCUUUUUUUCUUUUUUAUUUAUAAUGGGUUUUACGGAUGGGUUGAAUAUUUUCAAAUGAUAAAUCGCUGGGCCUAUUCAUUUACUUUUUACACUAUCUUCAAACUUAAAGGAAAUAAAGUGUGCUCCACUAUCA